AUGAUAUCCUCCGCAGUCAUUGUCCCUGAGCCCGAAGACCUUUCCCCUACCUCGCCCCUCCAUAAACGCCGCCAGUCCGCAGAACUCUACCAUGAUUCUUUCAAGCGUCCGCGUCUAGAGGGUCAGCUCCGCAAAGAUUCCGAUGGAUAUACCGUUACCCCUUCUGCAGCAUCUCCACCUCGAAGGAAACCAUCAAUCACAGGUAGUGGAGCUGUCGAGGAGCGGAAAAGAGGGCAGCGAUUGUUUGGCGCAUUACUAGGCACGCUCUCACAAAGCUCCACUACCACAGCACAAAGACGGAGAGCUGAUAUCGAGAAGAAGCAGCUAGGGAAGCUGCAGCAACGAGAUGAAGAACUCGAAGAUGAAGUAAGGAGGAAGCGGGAGAAGCUCGACAUAGCGAGAAGGAAGGAAGAAAAAGUCUGGGAGGAGCAGAGUACGCAAUUACGACACAGCAACCUGCUGGCCCGAGCGCAUUUCUUGGAAACGAGGGCUGAACCAACAUUGUUUUACAGGCCUUGGGAGCUCCGAGCAGAGGAAGAGGACCGAAUCAAGGGCCAGAUCCAAGCUGCCGAGAAAGCUGUUGAAAAUGAAGUCAACGAGCACCAGAGGAGGAAAGAAGACGAAGACAACAAGAAAAACGAGGGGCAGCACCCUUCUUUCUCUGCCAGCCAAAUCGAUGGUGCUCAACCUCCACAACAGCCUGGAAAUGAAGAGAACGUUACGAAGCAGGAUGGGCAGCCGAAGGCGGAAUUGGUGGGUGCUGAUGCUACUAACGAAGAACAGGCAACCACAGGGAGCAGUGUCCUUGAAGUCGAUGCUGUUAAUUAUGAUGACAAUACGGAAACUCAAGCCAGUGCUCUCGAAGAUGAGGCUAGAAAGCAGGAGGAGAAGACCAGUGAGGAUCAUGGAGGUGAGGAGCUUGUGGAAGGGCAAGAAGAUGAUGUGAUAUAUUGA